AUGGCGGACACCUGUAGCCUUCUUGUGGCCGUGGUUUUCUGCACUGUAAUUGUCAGUGCGUUAGAUCUGGAUGGGAUUGAGGUUUCCACGUCGAACACAGAACUGAAGCCCGAAAUCUUGUUCAUGGCGGAGGACGAUCCCGAUCUCUUUUGCUCGUGGCAGAAUGGGUUAUCGUGCAAUUUGGACACUGUUACAAACAACUUAAAGCUUGGAGAAGUCAAUAAGUGCGACAUACCUGUUCCUGAUCCUCUCAAGAUCUUCGAUAACGACUUCCAACGCUUUGCACGCACAGUCUUAUUGAAGAACCAGAAGCAACAGUACAUCCAGAUCACGUCCGCCAAACGAGGAACGUCUACAACUUCGUCCACCAAGCAGACUUUAUGGAGUCAAUAUCAGGCAAACCCUGCUUUCGUGCAGAGCGAAAUCAAGUUCGACGCACCGGGGCUCUACGACUUGGAAACUAUCGGCAUCGGAUAUAACCGCAAAGCGGUGUGUACCGGAUGCGUCGCGAUUCUGGACAAGUUUCGGCCUCGGUUUGGCUCGAGCAGCAGUUGUCCAUUUACGGGAGGUAUUACCAGCCCCCAGCGGCUAACUAAAACAGCAUUAGCUACAUUUCAGAGCUACGAUACCGCUUACAGAGCGUACACAGCUGACACCAAUGUCGUCAAUAACCCCAAUAGUGACGGUCUCUGUGGAGUUCCUGGCAUCGACAAGUUCGCCAAAUUCAAACUAUUUUACGAGAGUGAAAAAGAUUACUCGGGUGCCUGCUUCGACGAUGCCGCUUUAUCGACAAACAUGGUAAAGCUCAAAACAUCUCCGUUUUCUAACAAUUUGCAGGCCCCAUUUGCUACUCUAGAGACUGCACUUAACGCUCAGUGCACGUGGUGCUGCCGGAAAACCAGAAAACUCAAGGAACAGUUUACUCCUUACGAUUGCUCCGCCUACAGCUCCCAGGCACCAAGUUGCGUAGGCGACACUGGGGUCCCCAGCGCGUGUUCUAUCGAUGUGUGUCUCCAAGCCAAAGGUGUUGAUGUCGCAACAACGACGAUUGGCGUUAAGAAUACUAUCCAAACAGCUUCGAACGCAGUGCUCAAUUCACUGACCAGCAAACCGGUAUCAAUCGAUACUACAAAGAACGUUUACUACACUAUCCCGUGCACCAGCUUCGACAAAAGUAACGUGAAAUGUCGCUACACUGUCAAGUUAUCGGAGCUUUUGGACAUCACGACGGGGUUUGUUACGUCGUUCCCGACUCCUUCUGAGGCGGUAAAUAGCAAAGAUUAUGUCUUCUGGCGCUACAAUACUGACGGCUCGACGUUCACGAAGUGGGAUCCACUGGCUGAUACUGCGAUUUCUUUCCUAGAUGCCAGCACAACUGUCGUUCUGGAGGCGUGGACAGCGUGUGGCAGGGUGAACCAGUUUACUUUCGGUGUCAACCUCUUUGUGCAGAGCGCGUUAACAUGCUCCAAGUUCGACUCAAUGUGGAAAUUCAUCGAAAAGUACGGGAUUCAAGGUGGAGAGGGGGUAUAUUGUGCGUAUGAAGGCAGUGACUUUGCUAUCCUGAAAUUUGAUAUGGCCGUCACUGACGUCGUAGGCCAAACUAACAGCGCGCUCGGAGUAAAGUGUGAUAUUAUGGUCAAGGAAACUGGUGCAGCGGACACACAAAUCGUCACGUUAGUGGACGAUCAAAUCUCCACUCGUAUUAGCAAAUAUUACGGUGUUGAACUCGUAAAUAAUCCGACUACUGCGCAAAAAACAACCGGGGUUGUUCACUGCAAGUUCACACGAACAGUUCAAUCCUACUCACGAACGGAUAUCAACUCGAUUGAUUGCCGACACUCGUUCACCAUUACCGACUGCGAUAAGCCAGAAUUGAACUGUGAAAAGAAGGAAAAUAUGUGCUCUGUCAAAUGCGCGGGUGACCCAGCACCGGGUAUAUUUGAGGCGUGUGGUGGCUCGAUUGUGGCAUCUUCUGCGACGAAUACGUUUCUGAAGACCCCGACCGAGCCAAGUUGCUGUAACAAGUGCAACAAACCACUGGUAUGCACCAGCGUCAGUACGACAGAUAUCAAGCGGUGUGAACCUUCGUCAAACUCGCUAUUGAAACUUGAGGCAGCUACGAUGACUGACUCAGAGCCGACCUUCAUGAACCCUACAAACAUAAUGCUUCUUGUGGCGACUGUCACGCUCAUAGCUGUGGUGGCUGUUAAUCUCAAGCACCGGGUGAACAACAUCGAACAAGGUGACUACUAUCGCCUUCUUUAAGCAAAACAACAAUACGAAUAACUUGAAAAUGUCCACGACCGUUUUUCACGAGUGUUAUCGUCUGUGUACUACC